AAUGCGCGGUAACUUUUUAACAUGAUUUUAUUAAUAUUGGCCCUAAUUGCCUUGGUUUCUGCCGGGCCUGCGAUUGACAAGGAGAACUAUAAGGAUCAAUACUGCACCGACCCGAGGACUAUGAGGAAACAUGCAGCGUACACAGAGUGGGCUGAUGCUUACUCCUGCACCAGGCACAGAUGUCAGCCCGGAGGGAGGAACCUCGCUAUAUAUACUGUUGGAUGCAAGCGAGUAGAAGCUCCCGAGUCUGCCAUCGAGUGUGAAGAAGUUGUCGAAGAUACCAAUAUGCAGUUCCCGUUUUGCUGCACUCGGUUAAGAUGUCUAGUGGUAGUUCGAGGUGAAGUCUGGACGAGAGUCCUGGGUCAACCCUGGGAGGUGCUACCAGCGGCCCCGUGGAGUCACAUGUACAAGAUGAAGAAACCACCUCCAGCUGACUCCACAUUCCUACCCAAGACACAAGACCAAGGACCAGUGUACGAGCUAUCCGAAUCAGACUCGGAUGCAGGCGGCCACGAAAAGGUGCUACGUUCAGGCAAGAAGCCAGUUUCUGACCCUGACUGCAAUGAAAUCGUGCCGCGGGCCGCUCAACCGCCCCCUGAUAUUGUGAUCGCUCUAUCUACUAAUAACGAAGUUAAGGAGCCAUCUUCAUCAUCACACAAGAAAUAUGAAGGUGGCACUAGGCGUUCUCACAUAAAAAGUGAAAACUCUAGACACAAGCGAGCGAGAAAGACUUCGCCCUCCAUGCCAUCGCCUAAUUUCUUCGAAGAGGAGAAAGAUGAUAAAAAACCUGAAACGCCUGAAAUGGAAGAAACGGCUACUGAAAAAUCCCACUUCAAAAAACCAAAAGUGGCGCCCGAGGCCUCAAUACUUCAACUAAAGCAUCCAGUGAAGACCUCCAAGUACCUUGGAACUCCUGAAUCGAGCCUUGAAGCAUUGGAUGCAGAGGAGGCCACGCCUCAAGAAGCCUCUGAGGAGAAACUGUUCAGCAGUACCUUUGCAGCCACCCAGAAGCCACCCAAGUCUCAUAACGCGCAUCACCAAGUAGCUUGGACUGAAAUACCUCAGAAUCAAUGGAAUGAUCAGCACGAGGGUUUGGAGAUGGAAAAUAAAGUAUCAGAACCCAGUUACCAACAACCCGAAUACCCUCAAGAAGUACCCCAGCCAAAGGCACCAGGAAUUAACAACCUGGUGCCUAAAGACGAGAAGCCGAACAACCUUCAAGCUCUAGUAGACGCUAUUGGGACCAGGAUGAGAGAUAUUGAGCACGUGGUGCAGAAGAUGAGUGAUAAAGUGCAUCAGGUCAAACCGGGGUUGGAAGGUGGUAGCGGAGAAAAGAGAAUGUCUGCCGAGCAAGAAGGACCCCAUAAUAAACACCACAAGGAGGGUAAACGCCCGAGCUUAGAAGCUGACUCUUAUAAAAGGUUUUCGAUGGGUUCAAAACAAGGUAGCAAAUACCUGCAUAGUUCUGAUUUUACAACUGAACCACCGCUAUUUAUCGGAGACACUAAUUUGAACGGAUAUUUCAGUGACGCUAGCAACAGUGUCUUGAGGCGAAACAACUUACCAAAGGAGCCGCCACCGACCUAUAUGGCACCGGUAGAAAACAGACGCAAAGCGCCGGUACAUAUCGCCGUCGUGUCAGAGAAUUCCGACGAUGUUGAUAGCAAGAAAAAGAAGAAACAUGGACACAAGAAACGUAAAAACAAAUCUCAUUCGCAUAAAAAACAUCAUAAAGAUGAGAAGAGGAAGCGUUUUAAUAAAUUAAGUUCUGGGGAAAUUGAGAAAAAUGUGGUGUCUUUAGAAGAUAGUAGUGCGUUAGCUGUCUAAUAGAUGGCGUUGGUUGUAGCUUGGUAAAUGGCUCAGUAUUUUUGAUUGAAUGGUUUUAUUUUUAGUUCAUUCAAUUUUGACAUUGAAAGAUAAUUGAAUGAAGAAUUUUAUGUCAGAUUAUUG